AUGGAAGUUUCUUCCGAUUCGCAGAUAGACACAGACCUUCCCGACAGUCCCUCCGACGCCUCAGUGUCCAAUAUCGCCUCGCCGGCAGACGAAGUGUCGGCGCUGGAACAGGGGUUGCCAACCAGGCUCUUUGCAGAUAACCAGCGGCAGACAGAUUUCUUCCCGUCCCAGACGCCUGUGGAAACGCAGUCGAAACAGCGAGGGAACGGGCGAGUCUAUGAGAUAAGCCAGGACGGCAAACUCAAGCUGAAGAUCUCGUUGAAGGGUUUGCGCAACCCGGUGGAAAUGGUACCGGCGGCUUCCCCGGGCACAGUGGAGAACAACGAAACGCAGGCUGACAGCAGCUACGACAAUGACGAUGCAGAGACACUUGUGCUGGGGCCCGAGGGCAAGGACGACACGCAGGAGACAACCAGAAUAGUAUCGCAGGAUGCAGUGCCUACUGCCGUCGGUGGCGCCGACGAUACCUCGCAGUCUCUGGUGGGUGCCCUGGUGCCACAGGAGGAGCCACUGCAUGGCCAGAGCAUAGCACAGCGGCUUGGCUCCUCCCGAAAAGAACAACUAGAUGAUACGUUUUCCGACGAUAUAAGCUUCUCGGAGAUAGAGAAAGGGGUGGUGGAUCGAAACACACCAGGCCAGUUCGUAGAGGUCUCUCCCUCCGUCCAGGUUCUGGAGGCACCGGGCUCAUAUUCCGUCCGGUUAAAGCUUUCUACAACUUUAAUCGAGCGACUGAAUCAAGACAAACUGACCCCUGUAUCGAAAAAAGCCACCACCGGGAAAGUCAGCAAAAGAUUGCAGGCAAAGGCCAAGGCGGUGAAGCCCGUCCGGCCAAAGAUGAAGAAAAGGCCUAAGCCCCAGUACUCACGAUUUAUGGUGAAAAUGCCACAGCCUCCGCCUGCUGCUCUGGACCACAACCGAGCUCAAGCUCAAGCCCAACCCAUGGACUUAGUGAGUCUGAUAAAAAUGCAACUGGCCAAUCAGACGAACACUGCUGCUGGUCCUGUUCCUGCGCUAGCUUCUGCUGAAGAUGAUGACGAUGAGGAUAUCGUCGAGAAAUAUAUGCGCUUAUCUCUGAAAGAUCCCCUUUCGGGUCUGCGAAUGGUCACCCCCCUCCGCUCCAAAUACUGUUCACACGUGGAGUGUUUCGAUUACGAAUCUUUUUUGGCCAUGUACAAUUUGAGGCCCUUCAGGAUUGCCAUCCAACGAUAUUCCGACAAGCCCGCUAGAGUUGGCGAGGUUGAUGUGAUGAAGAUCUUGGAAGACACCAAUAGAAGGGUGAUAGAUGUUAAAGACCACAACAAGAUGACACAAUCUUUCCCCUAUAAGACGAAGCAAAAGAUGUUUAAGGAGAAGAGCAAGCAGAUGAAUGACUUGGAGUGGUUCUGCUGCCCCAUCUGCAAGCUUGAGUUUAACAUCAAGCGAAUAGGAGACGUUUACGUAGUGGGGGAGUUUGUUGACAUGUUGCAAGACUUGUCGCUGGAAGAUAAUAACGAGAACGUCGAGGAUAUAGAGAUUGACAUGUCAGAGAAGGGAAAGUGGCGCUGGAUCCGGGAAGACGAAAACGAUGAGAUGCUACGUCAUCGCAACGGAGCCACUCACGAGAACUCAAUUACCCCGCAAAGUGGCGGCGUUGGAGACAUUAGUGAGGAAAAUGCCGAAGGCAGAAGUCAGGACGCAAACACAAACUCACACAAAGAAACACGACAUAAUGUGGAGGUUGUGACUCUCGAUUCAGAUGAAGAGGACAACGCUGGAGAUUACGCUGAAGCAGAAAAUGGACAAGUGGCUGGAGCGACUGCUUCUGAGACCAUGAUGCAUACCCUUGGCCCAUUGAUCCAGGCCAACAACCCAGAAACUACGGAAGAGGAGAUGAUGAAAGAGAUCGAUGCGUUAUUUGAGGCCGAAUUUAUGAACGAAGACGACACUUCUUCCACAACGCCUGCGGUACCUACGAAGGAUACGUCACCCAUACACGCUCCUGAGGUGGUUCCGGUUUUUACACCCCCUCCCAUUCCUGCAUCCGUUUCAUCUGCUACUGCACCUACUCCAGCCCCAACCCCGACUCCCACAUCGACUCCUGCGCAUGUCCACUUUGGUGGCAACACCGGCUCGCUCUUCCAAAAAACCGUCGAGAGCUAUAGGCCGUACAGUACCAGUAUCAACAGCAUUAACAACCAUGGUGGUGCUUUCAUAAAGGACCCGAAUCCGCAUCGUGGAGUAGUAGUGUUCCGUCCUGGAGCUUUCACCACGCAAAACUACGAGAGCCCUGCGGCCCCGGUCUUCAUGAGCGGUGAGGGGGCCGCAGACGACCCAAUUGUCCUCGACUAA